GCGGGAGCGGCGUCCGCGCCUGCGCCCAGGAGCCGGCGCGGGGAGCGCAGGGGCUGGUGCCAAAAUGGCGGAGCGCGGCUACAGCUUCUCCCUCACCACCUUCAGUCCUUCUGGAAAGCUUGUUCAGAUUGAAUAUGCUUUGGCUGCAGUAGCUGCAGGAGCUCCAUCAGUUGGGAUUAAAGCUGCAAAUGGAGUGGUGUUGGCAACUGAGAAGAAGCAGAAAUCCAUUCUUUAUGAUGAAAGGAGUGUCCACAAAGUAGAACCAAUUACCAAACAUAUAGGUUUAGUGUACAGUGGUAUGGGUCCAGAUUACAGAGUACUUGUGCACAGAGCUCGGAAGCUGGCCCAGCAGUAUUACUUGGUUUAUCAUGAGCCCAUUCCAACAGCUCAGCUAGUACAGAGAAUUGCCUCUGUGAUGCAGGAGUACACACAGUCUGGUGGUGUUCGUCCCUUUGGUGUAUCACUGCUAAUAUGUGGCUGGAAUGAAGGGCGGCCGUAUUUAUUUCAGUCGGAUCCGUCUGGAGCUUAUUUUGCCUGGAAAGCAACAGCAAUGGGAAAAAAUUACGUCAAUGGGAAAACAUUUCUUGAGAAAAGAUACAAUGAAGAUUUGGAGCUUGAAGAUGCCAUUCAUACAGCUAUCUUAACACUAAAGGAGAGCUUUGAAGGGCAAAUGACAGAAGACAACAUUGAAGUUGGCAUCUGUAAUGAAGCUGGUUUUAGGAGGCUCACUCCAACUGAGGUUAAGGACUACUUGGCUGCAAUAGCCUAGUAGAAACCGAGCUAGACUGUGGUUCACACAAAGGUCUUUUUAAUUUUGGCUACUUAAAUGUUUUUCUUUGCAGUUUUUGCAUACUUAUUUCUACAUGGUUUGUCUGAGAGAUUUUUUAAACAUCAUGGAUGCAAAUACAACGGUCCUUGAUAUUGUAAUACUUGGAAUCUUGUUAAAGAUAAUUCUUUCCCUUGAUACACAAAAUACUGUACAAAAUGUAAAGUUAUAGUGACAGCUUGAAAAAGGCUAAAGAAUAAAAUCAGAGGCCAUUGUUUUGGGGGAAGGUGUCUGUGUGUCUUUUCAAUCCUAGCCUGUUUAUCUACAUAAAACUUAGAUUUCAGUAUCCUUAUUGCUGAGGAAACAGUUUUUCAUAUACAGCCAUGGUGAACUUAUGUUCAGCCUUCUUUUAAAAAAUUUAAAUGUUGAGUGAUAGGGUAAUUUUUUCAUUUAGGAAUAUUGUUUAAAUGUUAAUUAACCUCCAGAAAUAUUUUUAUGGGAUGCACAAGAUCAUGUACUUUCACAAAGGAGCCAGAAAGUCUUCAAUUUCACGUGUGUACUGUGAUCUGAUUGAGCCACUCUGCUUUUGACCAUCCUGGUCUUUGUGUCCUAAGAAUUUGUUUUACUUGAGUUAUUUUCUUGGCCCUUGAAAUUGCACCUUUACAAUCUUGAAAUACUGUUAGGAAAAGUAGAAACAGUAACUUAACUCUUACUGAAAACUUAAUGCUUUAUCACUAUCAAUAAAAACAAUGGGAUUUACAAAACAGAA